CCCAUGGAGCCCGAGGCCCCGGAUUCCCGCAAGAGGCCCCUCGAAACGCCCCCCGAGGUGGUCUGCACCAAGCGCAGCAACACGGGAGAGGAAGGCGAAUACUUCCUGAAGGUGCUGAUCCCCAGCUACGCGGCGGGCUCCAUCAUCGGCAAGGGUGGGCAGACCAUCGUGCAGCUACAGAAGGAGACGGGAGCCACCAUCAAGCUCUCCAAGUCCAAAGACUUCUACCCCGGAACCACAGAGCGAGUAUGCCUGGUACAGGGCACAGCAGAGGCCUUGAAUGCUGUGCACAGCUUUAUUGCCGAGAAGGUCCGAGAAAUCCCACAAGCGAUGACCAAACCUGAGGUGGUCAACAUCCUUCAACCCCAAACCACGAUGAACCCCGACAGAGCCAAGCAGGCCAAGCUGAUCGUCCCCAACAGCACGGCGGGCCUGAUCAUCGGCAAGGGGGGCGCAACAGUGAAGGCCGUGAUGGAACAGUCAGGUGCCUGGGUGCAGCUGUCCCAGAAGCCAGAGGGCAUCAACCUGCAGGAGCGAGUGGUGACCGUCAGCGGCGAACCCGAGCAGGUACACAAGGCCGUGAGCGCCAUCGUGCAGAAGGUACAGGAAGACCCCCAGAGCAGCAGCUGCCUCAACAUCAGCUACGCCAACGUGGCUGGCCCCGUGGCCAACUCCAACCCCACCGGUUCGCCGUAUGCCAGCCCUGCCGACGUGCUGCCUGUCCUCCACCAGAUGGCUCCCUCGCACAUGCUCACACAGACCUUGGGGGCUGUGGUCUUGGUCUCCCAUGUCACUAUUUCCACAGGUGGCCCGCUGGUGGCCGCGGCAGCCGCGGCGGGAGCGGCCGGGGGCUUUCUGACGGCAGAGAAGUUGGCAGCCGAGAGUGCCAAGGAGCUGGUGGAGAUCGCGGUGCCUGAGAACCUGGUGGGAGCCAUCCUGGGCAAGGGGGGCAAGACGUUGGUGGAGUACCAGGAGCUGACAGGCGCCCGCAUCCAGAUCUCCAAGAAGGGCGAGUUCCUGCCAGGCACGCGGAACCGGCGGGUCACCAUCACUGGCAGCCCCGCGGCCACCCAAGCCGCUCAAUACCUCAUCAGCCAGCGGGUCACCUACGAGCAGGGAGUGAGGGCCUCAAACCCCCAGAAAGUGGGAUGA